UUGUGAUCUGGGGAUUGAUAGGAGAAGGAACAGACCCCAGGGACCAUUCUCUUAAAAAUCCCUAAUGUAUAAUUUUCAUACGCAUAAUUGUUCUUUUUGGAUCUUUGAAAAGGCAGAGCUGGGCACAGACCCUAUCCUCUGAUGGGCUGCUGAUUCUUUGUGAUGUGGCUUUUCUUUCUUUUUUUUUCUUUGCACUGAGCCACUGUAAGCAGUGCUGUGUAAUUUUAUCCAGCCUGCACUUAGUUCACACAAGAAUGAUACCUUGCCUGCCUCCUUUGUAUCAAUUGGUCGGGGAUCUGUCUAUUGUUGCAAGGGGAGGGGGGCUUUUUAUUUCAGUGCUGUUGAGCACCACUAUUUCUCGAAAACUCAUAAAAUUCAGAAGGGAUCUCAUUCUUGCACAUUGGGAGAUGCUUACACUCUGAGUGCUGCAAAUAAUCCAUGAACCUGUGACCACUGUUGACACCUAUUUAUUUAGAGGAUCAAGGCAAGACAGAUAGAAGGUCAGAUAACGCUACGAGCGUCCAUGCAUCAGAACGGUGUGACUUGCCACUUAAGAGAGCUGCUAACAAGACUUCUUUAAUGGGACCCCUUGUGACAUUUGCUUCCAGCCUUCCAGCCAACAGUAUUUCGGCCAUGCCACAAUGGUUAUAAUUUGGAUUUUGCUGCUCAGUAUUUGUGAUCUUGGUCGACAGGUAUCCUGGGCGAAGGCUUUGUCUAGUACUGCCAGAGUGCCUUGUGACAGAGGAAAACUGUGUGAUCCCAGGCUAAGAAGAGAUGCUGGGGGCCGCGGCGGGGUCUACGAACAUCUCGGCGGUGCACCUCGACACCGAAAACUUUAUUGUGCUACUAAGUAUCACCUUCAGAUCCAUCCAAAUGGGAAAAUAAAUGGAACGUUAGAGAAAAACAGCAUCUUUAGUAUUUUAGAAAUAACUGCGGUGGAUGUGGGAAUUGUCGCCAUCAAAGGACUGUUCUCCGGGAGAUACCUGGCGAUGAACAAAAGAGGGAGACUUUACGCCUCAGAAACCUACAAUGCUGAAUGUGAGUUUGUGGAGAGGAUUCAUGAACUUGGGUAUAAUACCUAUGCUUCCCGUUUACAUAGGACAGUUCCAAAUGGAGCUGGAACAAAACGAAAAGCCAGUGCAGAAAGACUCUGGUAUUUAUCUAUCAAUGGCAAAGGACGACCUAGGAGAGGCUUCAAGACUCGAAGGACGCAAAAGUCCUCUCUCUUCUUACCAAGAGUACUGGACAACAAAGACCACGAUGCAGUGCGGCUAUUUCACACAAACACUAAAUACAGAGAAAGUAUUCGAAAACAGCAAAAAAACAACGGCAGACAGAGAAGAGGACAGUGAUGUGGGAAGGGAUGUUUUCCAGAUUUAAUCAUCUAAGAACCUAUUUGGAUCCAUAGCCUCCAAGUUUGGACCCCUAGCCUGCAAAUUUGGACAAGAAACAAGAUUAUUUGAUGACUAACCUCAAAAACGGCUACUUGUUCCGAUGGACUUUGCGAGAUACGUGGUUACCUGAUAAUUUAUUCUGGUGUUGGCCAAGACUGCAGAUGUAAUGAUCAUUCUAAAGUGAACUUUGUUGAUUGUUUUCAGACCACACUAUCCUUGUGCCUAACAAAGCAAAUAACAUCUGGAUGUGACCGUUCUCCCGGUUCAAUGAAAUCAAUCAUCACCAUUUAAGUUUUGCAAUAUGUCUGAUGCCUGCAAACCGUCCAGGCACACAUUUUCUUUGGUAUAAUUCAGUAUACUUAAUAGUUUCCAAGAAGCUAGGAAAAUAACUCAGUGCUGUUAUUAUUCCCUAGUCAACACUCAAUGUUUUUGUUUUGUUCAGCAACACAAUAUGGCAGCUUCUACUAUGGUACAAAGUACUGUAUGAAUUCAUUAUAUAUCCCUGUCCCUACCUAAUAACUAAUUCAUUAUAACAUAUGCUGGCCUGUUGUUUGGUCUACCUCAGAUUCCAUUUGGUGACUGUCCCUUUGUUUACCAUUCCCCGGCUGUUACACAAGAAGCACAUUUAUGGAACUGCUCCCUAAUGUUAGACUGUACUGGGAAAUGGGGAGGUCAAGGUUGUACAGGAAGGCAAUUAAUAUAAAUAUAUUUAUUAAUAUUG